AUGUUACCGGAUCCCUCUUUUCGUUUGCGUGAGGCUAUCAUCGAGGGGAACCUUCUUAUUGUUAAGCUGGUGCUUAGGAGGUGGCCAGAAUUGUUGACAAACAUAGAUCCUUUGAAUGGAUGGAGUUCGUUACAUUAUGCAGCAUAUCAUGGGCGAUAUCUAAUAUGUGUACAGUUGAUUCAGCUUAGCUAUGGGAAAGGAUUAACGUUGCGAACGUUUAAAGGGAGUACUUCUGUUCAUUUAGCACUGAUGAAUGGACAUGAGCAAACGACGCACCUUUUGCUACAACACUAUCCGCAGUGUUUAAUGGCGACAGAUGAGCGGGGCAGGACACCAGCUCAUAUUGCAUGUCUUUUUGAUUACCAUAAAUGUUUGAGCUUACUAGUGAGUGCAGGUACAGAUUUAUCCCUGGGGGAUAAUAAUGGUGAUACACCACUACACAUAGCGAUGAUGUAUGGGAGCGUGGAAUGUAUGAAUUUAUUGAUACAUCGAGGCAGUGUCAGAGAUUAUACAAGAAAGAAUAAAGCUAACUGGUCGCCGGUGCAAGUUGCACAAACUGUUGAGAUGGAAGCAGCAUUUAACCGUAUUGUCGAUGAGGUUAAACUGCAGCCUGUAACCAAUCAAAAGAAUGUUAUUAAUAGUCCUUCGAAAUCAGUCACGGUAUUUCAAUCCAGGGGCACAAGUCUUGAGUCCCCUGGUUUUUCUCCCGCUAUUAAUGUCUAUAGCGCCAUAGAAGACUCUGAACCUUCGCCAACUCGGUCAUUGACACCUUCGUCAGUGCAACCACAACAAUCGCCCACUUAUCAGCACCAUUUACCUCCCCUCCCCACAAUAUCUACUAGUAGAAGGCCAUCUUCAACAACCCCAACCAGUAAUUAUUUUCCGAGAACGCCUGUAUCUCUUAAGUUUAUGAAUGCCGCAUCAAUAGCAGCGCAAUCAAACAUUUCCUUGUCAAGGACUCGUACUUCUAACAGAAGCUCUGUCUCUUCAGUAUCAAAUUCUCUAAGACAUCGUGACAGCAUAACCAGAAUUGGAAACGUUUCACUAAACUUGCCUAGUUCCAGUCUCUAUUUGGAAGAAUUCGAACUUAACGAGGAAUCGACUAUGGCUACAGUGGUAAAUGCACUCCCAAUAUCGCAAAUUCACCGUCCUGGUAAUGCUGAAAUGAUUAACAAAUACCUAUCUGACGAAGGCCCCUCCUCCUUUACUAGUCCAUCCUUACCUCAACAGCUAGCUACGAGCAAAUCAGCUAGGUCCCCAGGAGGGCAUCAAUCGCUGUUAAAUAUUCCGAUCUCUAAGGUCCGUAUAUAA